ACAUGGUGUCGGCCUCAGGCAGUCAUCGAAUUCCCACUAGCCUUGAGCGAGUAUACGAAUUAGAUCGAUAGUCUCCCGUAGUCAUAUAUCAGUACGAUCCUCGUCCAUAUUAUGGACCGCAUUGACUGCAUUGACUGCAUUAACUGCAGACCUAGUUGGAGCCUAUACUUAUGAAUAUAACUCACGUGACUCCCAUUUCCCCGCAUCCCGCCAGACUCGACGAUCCAAUCCCGACCUCGCCUCCGCAUUGAAUCCUAGCCAGCAGUUUCAAGUUGUCGCUCGUUACAAUGAACCCAACGCUGAACGCCGAUACGCCUCCACCCCCGCCUCCCAAGCCCACCAGCCACGAGGCGAGUCGCCGAGGCACACCGCAGCUGCACGCCUCGCAGCCAGGCACGCCGCAGUCCCAACGAUACCGAGCAGACGCGAGCAUGCAUGCGGCCACAAACCCGAUAACGUCUCUCCCUCGCCCGCCGACCGUCGACGAGGGCUGGAUACCGGAGAUCGUGAAGGAGAAAUCAACCGUGGACCUGCAGACGAUUCUCAAAGACCCGAGUCUCAUCUCCGCGCUGGCGAGUCGCCAUCCGUCCCACGCGGCGCACCAGGAGUACCUCCAGUCGCUGCUGAAGUAUAACAAGGAUCUGGCGGCCCAUGUGCUCGAGCUACAGGGCCGGGUGAUGGACCUGCGCGGGUCGACUGAGACGCUGCUGCUAACGCACCAGUCGCUGGAGGUGUCGUGGCGGAAGAAACAGUCGGAGAUGGACGCGGCGCUGGCGCCGUGGUCGCCUAAGGCGCUGUACCAGCGACUGGCGGCGUCGAUCGCCGAGCAGGAGGCGGUGUGCCAUGCCGUGGAGGAGAGCUUCCUGGAGGGAGAGCAUCACGGGCGGGCGACGGAGAAGGAGGUUGCGGAUUGGAUUCGCCGGGUGCGGGCGGAGGGGGCCAAGUUGGAGGCCAGACGGGAGGCCAAGGCGCGGUGGGAUGAGGGGAGAGUGGGUGGGUGGAGGUGAUACAGCCUGGGAUAUCUACCGUGGAUCAUUUGGAUGAAACGGAUCUGGCCUGAGUAUAACGUAACCUUUUAUUUCUAACGAAGCAUAUGGCGCACAGAUUAUCUCGACUAUAGUGCGAACGGGUAUACAGCUAUGACUAACGUAUCGCGUGGGACGCAAACAAAGAUUCUACUA